AUGUCUCUCAAUUGGGUGAUGCUUCAUGAUCAGGAAGGCUUCGUUCGUCUUCCCAACGAACGUCUAGUUUACUCCUCGCCUCCACGGACCAGCAUGUCUUUAACUCCCCCGUCGGGCUACAAGGGUGGUGAGAAACUAUCAGUCCAAAGUAGCGCAGGCUGCAUCCAUCUCACCAACCAACGAGUUGUCUACCUUCCAACAUCUCAAACAAAUGACCUGCAAUCAUUUUCAUGCCCACUGCUGAAUGUCCGCGACUCUCACGUAUCGGCACCAUUCUUUGGACCCAAUGUGUGGACAGCUCUGAUACAACCAGUAUCCGGCGGUGGCAUCUCAGCAUCUCUUCCCGCUGUGCAAAUGAAAGUGACAUUCAAGGAAGGCGGGGCUUUUGACUUCCACACUAAUUUUGAGCGGAUCAAGGAACGACUGCAGCAGGCUGUCGAAAACACGACUGAGGGCACCCGCGGACAACAAACAGUGGAUCUCUCGGCUGUGCAUCUUGAAGAAUUGCCUGCAUAUGAUGCUCCGCCUAUUGCCACCCAGAACACCAGACCUAGCGCGACACCUGAGGAAGCACAAAGCAGUCGAGCGUCCGAUGCGGGCACUGAGCCCGCGGAGCCUCCUCCAUGUUAUGAGGAAGUUCAGUCGCAAAGCGUGGCGCAUGAGCUGGAAGAGAGGCUGCGACGAGCUAGCUGA